CAAUCGUUAAGAUUUAUGCCUUAUUUUUCAGUCUCUCGUUGUCAAUCCAGCAGUAGUGAGGCAGGAAUCCUAAGGAGUCCCCACCCUGAUGUCCACAUACCCGAAGUGCCGCUUCUGGAGUAUUUGAUGGAAAAAUUUCCUGAAUAUGGGGACAAAAUAGCUGUGGAAGAUGCUGUAUCAAAAACGCAAUAUGCCUUCAGUGAAUUACGCCACGUAUCAGAGCGCAUCGCAAGUGGACUUGCACGGAUUGGUUUCAAGAAAGGCGACCGCUUCGCUGUUUUUAGCCCCAAUUCAGCUGAAUAUAUUGCAAUGUUUUUUGGUAUUGUAAUGGCAGGGGGAGUCGUAACCACAAUUAACCCAGCAUACACAUCAGAGGAGCUAACAUUUCAAUUGAAUAACUGUGAGGCUGAAUAUAUAGUUACAAUACCAGCCCUUUUAGAUACGGUUUCCACUGCUAAAAAACAAGCACCAUUUCUUAAAGAUGUCUAUGUAUUUGGAGAGGCAGAGGGCGCCACAUCCUUUUCCAAGUUACUGAAUGAUGACGGCAGUGCUUUUGCAAGCAUUUCACUGGAUGUAUUUCAGGAUGUUUGUGCUUUACCGUAUUCCAGUGGAACCACAGGACUACCUAAAGGGGUGAUGCUUACACACCACAAUAUGGUAGCAAAUCAGUGCCAAAUAAAUCGAGACUUGAACACUUAUACUUUACCAGGCUCGGAUAUAGAAGCAAACACGCUUUGUCUUCUGCCGAUUUUCCAUAUCUUUGGGAUGACAGCCGUGUUGAUGAGCUCCCUCUAUCAGGGGACGAGAGUAGUGACCAUACCACGUUUUGAACCUGAAUUGUUCUUGAAGACUAUACAAGAUUACAAGAUCACUCACAUGCCAGUUGUUCCGCCAGUUAUCCUCUUUCUCGCUAAGCAUCCUCUUGUGGAUAAGUACGAUCUUUCAAGCCUGCAAAUCGUUACAUGUGGAGCUGCACCUCUUGGUGACGAACUCAUCGCAGCUGUACAGAAACGUCUUGACAUUCCUUGCAUAAGACAAGGUUAUGGACUAACAGAAACAAGCCCAGUUACAAAUCUACCCAAACCAGACAAUUUUAUCCCAGCAAGCCCAGGACCACUGGUGCCAAAUACAGAAGCUAAGGUAGUAGAUGUCUCAUCAGGGGAGAGUUUGCCUGUUAACAAAGAUGGUGAAUUGUGGAUCCGAGGCCCUCAGGUGAUGAAAGGGUAUUGGAAGAAUGAGCAAGCUACUAGGGAGUGCAUUGAUUCUGAUGGAUUUUUCCACACAGGAGACAUAGCGCAGUAUAAUGACCAAGGCCAUUUUUUCAUUGUUGACCGACUGAAAGAAUUGAUUAAGGUCAAAGGAUUCCAGGUUGCACCAGCAGAGUUGGAAGCUCUUUGUCUUACUCAUCCCCAAAUAGCUGACGUUGCCGUCAUUGGUGUGCCGGUGGAAGGAGUUGGCGAACUGCCAAAAGCUUAUGUUGUCAGAAAGUCUGAAGAUCUCACAGAAGAACAAGUCAAAGAGUUUGUUGGCAGUCAAGUGGCUCCAUACAAAAAACUGAAAGGUGGAGUAGAGUUCGUCAGCGAAAUACCAAAAUCACCUAGCGGCAAAAUAUUAAGGAGAGUUCUGAGAAAAUCUGUACUUGAAUCCUAAAAAUAAUUUGAAAUAAAUCAGUUGAUUUUUUAAAAUUAAUGAAUGAAGCGCACAUAACAGAAAAACCUUGUUUAAAAUUGUUGAUCUGAAAAAAAAUUUAACAAUUUAUAAAUUAAUAAUCAGUAGCAGUGUUCUCCCAAUUGAAACAUUAUUACGGGUAAUUGUCUAUAAAAAUUCAGCUAUGCACGCAUUGUGAGACGUUACCACUUUUGAGUGGUGUUUAAUGACUUAAAAAAACAACAACACAUGUAGUCAUAGCCUAGGUAUAGACUGGAAUGAUGUUCAUUUAUUGAAAGAAGGCCAGCCUAGACUACCUAGGCCUAGUCAGUGGUUUUAUUAUCUUACAAUAUCAACAUUUUUACUGGUUGGCCAGCUAUUUAUUUGAUGGCUUAAAAUGGCUUUAGGAGAAGAGUGCAUAGUGUUCCUAUAGUACAGGAUUUGAAUGUUAGUCCACGAGGCUGCUCUUCUUGGUUUUUUCAUCUUGUAUAUUACUACCUUAUUUUAGAGUGUGUUUUUCAUGUUCACUGACACCUUUCAUUUAUAACUUUAUUGCCAGGAAGAUAAUUUACUCUCAUUCGUCCACACUUUUUUUUAAUUUUUUGUUAUUUACAGUAAUGCGAAAUAGGACCUAUUUAAAAUCAUAAACUGAUAAUGUUGACAUAUCUUAUCAUAGAUCCAUGUCAAAGAAAGGCAAUAGAGGAAUUUUUAAUUAUUUUGUACAUUAAAUAAUUCUAAGACAUUAAAAGAAUGUUUUGAAGAAACAUUUUGGAAUGCCUAUAAGAAACAGAUUUUUGAAAGGUGAAAUUUUAGGACAGUAGCAAUUUAUAUAUAAUAACUAAUUUAGAAAUGAUCAGUACUGGUAGAGUGUAGCUUGUAAUGUACAGUAGAACCCCUAUUAAGGGGACACCUUUGGGACCAAAAAAGGUGAGUUGUCCCCUGAAUAGGGUUGUCCCAAAAGAGGGGUUUUACUAUAUUCAGAAAAUGCUAUCAUCUCCACUUGACAAUAACAGGCUGAAGAUUUGCACAGUAUUCAUUAUGAUUAUGGCAGUGGACCAAAUCUAACUUAUUUGAAUAUUGAAAAAGGGAGCAAAAUUAGUAAUUUUGGAACUAACUAUCAUUGUUAAGAAAGAAAUGUAUAUAAACAGGUUUUGGAUAUGAAAUAAUAUUCUUGAUAAAAUUUAAAGAAAAAAAAUAAUGGUAUUUGAAAUAAAUUAAUUUGUAGUAUACUCAGAA